GGCGGGAGGGCAUUUACUUGCGCGACACGUACACGCUCGGAAUUAUUUUUAGCGAGGGCCGCCCGCGUAGCCCUUUGGUUAGAGGAGGCCUGCUGGGCGGGGAGGGAGGGAGGACAUUUCAACCUCUUGGACACACACACACGCAUCGGCGUUGGCAGGACUUCCUUUCCCCAUAGCGAAAAAACAAUAACAAAAACCAUAGGGACAGACAGGACAACCGUCAAAAAUAGGGAGAGGACAAAUAAGUCCAAAAUAAGACAAACAGGACAUCCCACUUCCCACAAACAAACAAACAAACAAACAAGCAAACCACAACAAAAGACUGGAGAACGGGUCCACAGCCACUGGGUAGACGAACCGUACCAUAAACGAAGAAGUUGAAAACAAUGUCUCACGAGCAUGGUUCGCAUCCGCGGACACCCAAUCCAGACGAUUUCACCUUUGUGUCUCCGGGAGAUGAAGAAGAAGCGGACAUGAGUUCAGUCUACACGCUUGAGGAGCCUUCCUAUGGCUACGAGGGCAACGUGAAUGGCGUUGAGGAAGGGGUUGUAAAACACGUCGGGGAAUAUGACGAGGACAGCGCUGGGUUCCUCCUACCGCCGUACUCUUCAAAGCGCAAAGCAAUGGCGGGUAACGCUGCUAACGGUCCACAUUCACAGCCAUCUUCACCGGUGGGCACUCCCUUCACGGAGAGGCCGAACCAUCCACUGAGGGCAUUGACGGCGACUAACUUGGUGCUGAACCAGUUGAAUGGCACGGAUGAAUCUCUGAUAUCCUCCAGUCCUCUAAAGCCGUCUCAGUUGCACCAAGUGCUGUCAAUUGAUGAUAACAUUGGUGAGCUCGAGAAGGAAACCACCACGGCAGCCAUUGCAGAGGCAACCACAGGCAUAACGAAGAGAGAGUCUUGGGAUUCUCAGGGAGCAGCCACGUACGUGAAGAAAGUGGUCAAUGAUAACGGUACCUCCGAGGAGCUGGUUAUCAGGAAGAGCGUCAAGGAUUUCAAAUUUGGUAAGACGUUGGGCGUGGGGUCCUAUUCCACGGUGCUGCUGGCCACCGACAAGAACACGUCGAACCAAUUCGCUGUGAAAGUGCUGGACAAGAGACACAUCAUCCGAGAGAAGAAAGUGAAGUACGUCAACAUUGAGAAGAACACAUUGAACCGUUUAGGCGUGCAUAAUGGUAUUGUCCGUCUAUUCUUUACCUUUCAGGACGAAUCAAGCUUGUACUUUGUCUUGGACUAUGCACCAAAUGGUGAGCUUUUGUCCUUGAUCAAGGAAUUUGGAACUUUGAACGAGGAUAGCACAAGGUACUACGGUGCACAGAUACUGGACGCCAUCAAGUACAUGCACGAUAACGGUGUUAUUCAUAGGGAUUUGAAACCGGAGAAUAUCCUGGUUGAUAAGGAUAUGAAGAUUCAAAUCACGGAUUUUGGAACGGCAAAGUUGCUGGAAAAGGGAGACAACGGUCGCUAUCCUCCAGACGCAAGAUCGAAAUCUUUUGUCGGUACUGCAGAAUACGUUUCUCCAGAGUUGCUAAAUGAGAAGGCUGUCGGCAAACCUUGUGAUAUUUGGGCUUUUGGAUGUAUCAUCUAUCAAAUGAUUGCAGGAAAACCACCUUUCAAGGCUACAAAUGAGUACUUAACAUUCCAAAAGAUUGUUAAAUUGCAAUACGCAUUUACAGCAGGCUUUCCAAUGGUUGUUCGAGACCUCAUCAAGAAGAUAUUGGUUUUGAACCCAAAGGAUCGUGCCACCAUAAAGACCAUCCAAAACCAUUUUUUCUUUUCAGAUAUCGAUUUUAACAACCCACAGGAAUCAAUUUGGGAUGCUCCACAACCAGAGGCUGGUCCUUAUAAAGUGUCUGCGAAAUCGAUGUUACCAGUUCCUGAAUUAACCACAGGAACACCAAAGACAAAGAUUACCAUUCCAAGGCGUACAGUUUCAGCUUCAACAACACCAACGGCCAGCUCUGAGACUGUAAUCAGUACAGAAUCAUCAACAGCUUCGUCUACAGCACACGCGCAAAGAGCUCCGCUACAACCAACUCAAAGCCAACAGGUUCUCAUGAAGGCCAAAGCCACUGUUGCAGCACGUAAACAGACUCAAGCAAAGAGAUCAGUAAGUGCAUAUACAGGUGCUGCAAGUGCAGCUGCAUUGGCUUUGUCUCGUCAACCAAAUGAGAUACUUAAGGCAUACAACGAGGCCAAAGAUGCCAAAAUUGAAAAGAAUCAUAAUGAAGUGAUGCCUUCAGCAACUACCCCUUCACAUGCAGAACGCAUUCGUGCACCAAGUUCUGCAUCUCAAGCCACCGGUUCUACUGCUACCACUACUACGACGACAACCACAUCUACCGUGGCUGCAGCUGCUCCAGCACCAGUAGUGAAGAAGAGAACACCACUGCAGAGUGCACCUGUUGUCAAACGUGCGUCUGUCCCACCGAUGUCCAAAUUAGACCUGGAAUAUGUUGAUUAUUUGAAGGAUAGCGAGGAAAGAAUUAUAAAAGUUGGUGAACUUGUUGUUUAUAUGAACACCGUGGAGUUUUUUGAAAAGAAGUAUAAACGUCGGUUGAUUGACAGUCCACUAGGUGGGAACAAUAGAUUUACAGGCCAUUCAUUGUUGAGCCAAGUGGCUAAUGGGUCGUACAGAGGAUUGCGCAAUAUGGAACAGUACGGAACAGAUGCAGAGAAAGAUAUCAUUACAUCGCAUGGAGAAGAGGAAGAUCCUCAACAGGACACAACGAAGAACAAAUUGAGAAAAUUCUUCACUGCUGGUGGUGAAGAUGACCAUAAGAUACGAUUUGUUUUGGUUACUUCGAAUGCUAGGGUUCUAAUCUUCAACAAAGUUGAAACAGAAGGGGAUGACUCUGCAAAGAACAUCGAGCUACGUACAGAGAUUGACAUGAAAUAUCCCGUGAUUAAAGUUAAGGAGCUUUUACCUUCAAGUGCCAAUUCUGAUUCUUUAUCCCUUUUUGUUAUUGAAUCCUAUAACAAAGCGUUUGGAUUCGAAGGCAAACAAACCGAGGUAUCAUCGUGGACAAAGGCUUUAGAAGAGGCACGUCAAGCCGUUGUUGAUAAGGCUACACGGAGGAGAUUUGAACAAGAUCCGAGUGGUGAUGCCGGCACAAAGUUUGGCUCCACAGCUGCUGAUAAUGCUGCAAGAAUUGCAGUUGGAUCACCUCCUCUUAAGGCCUCAGAAACUUUUGAACCACAACCACCAUCCCCAGUGCGUAAUCUGGAGAGCACUUCGGGCCAUCCUGUUAAGCAUCCUAGUAUGCUGAAGGAACUUGUUGCUAGAAAAACAGGGAAACCUAUCCCUACAAAGGGCAUACCAGAGUCUAAGCACUUGAUUCAUGGAUUGCCACUUCCAAAAGGGAUAGAACAUGCAGAUGACUCAACCAGUGCACAAAAUGGGAAUGGCCAGAAUUCGAACUCUUCAAUUUCUUCGACAUCAAAGAGUCGUAGCCAUACGGGUCCACGACUAAUCACCGGGUUGAACUCUAGGCUAUUGGCUAGAAGCUCCAGGAAGAAGCGUAAUUGAAAAACCACCUGUUUGGCUCAACAGUGGGAGAAAACAUGUAAUAACUAAAUAAAAAGGACAAUCACAUGUUUUAUAACAAGUAUGAUUGUUUCGAUUUGAAUCGCACGUGAGAUUCCAUCUGAUUUGCUUCCAUUGUAGGCCUUUUGACUAAAGAGCGAUGACGUUGGCGAAGAGUUCGUGAUAUUAGGGCUACCAAACAUUUAAUAUCACGUGAUCCAAUAACAGGGCUCUAGAGAUGUUUGGGUUAAUCGUCCCAAUAUUGGUUUGGGACACGCAGAUGGGAACAAAUUUGUCACAAAAGUUGCAAUUUUCGUCAUUUGUUAGUGGUAAACAGUGGUAGGCGCCACAUGAACCGAG